UGAGCAGUGCUCGCGCACAACCCGGUCACGUGCUUCUUUCUGUCGACGUCACUGGAUUCCCCCCUCCUCGUCCACUCGAGCUAUCGCGCGUGCGCAGUUACCGCUGACUGGAGUGAGCGGAGUGAGAAGAGACGGGAGCGCGCGCGCACGGCGGGUUGAGAGAGAGCAUGUAGUUCAGCCUGGAACUGUUCUGGUACAGCUGUAGGAUAAAGAGACGUGGUACAGCAGCUUCUCCACUGUGGGUUGUUAGCUGAGGUGGGCCCACCUGCUUUCGUGUGACCUCAACAGUCCACCUGUAUCUCCCUCUUGGAUCAGUAUGGAGGGGGCUGCAGUGGAAAACCUCAUAGACUUUGACAUUCCCUCCAGCACAGAAGGGACAGCACCUUCUGCUGUUGGUCUUCCUGGUGGAGCAGACUUGUUCUUUGGGGAGCCUCUUGUUCCAGAGCCGAUUGCAGCCCCUAUGAAGCUUCCUGAGCCUAUUGCCCCAACACUGGCUGCUCACGAGUCAGAGGAGGGUGCAGACGACAGCGAUGCCACAGAGUCUGCGGACAGUGAGAAUGAAGCCAUAGAUUCUCCAUCCCACCAUUCACAGUCACGCCGGUCUUCUUCCUCAUCCAAUCACAGUGCUGAGGACCCAGAUGUGACAGAACGGCGAGAAUUUAUGAAGGCCUACGUAGAGAAGUUGUUUCAUGGAAAGGAGGACUUUGACCAGGAGGAGAAGGCCCGUUUUGGCGAGCUGUGCAGUGGAGAGAAUGGCAAAGGCAGAGAGUGGUUCGCCAAAUACGUCAGUGUCCAGCGCUGUAACUCCAAGUGUGUAAGUGAGCAGACGUUCUACAGGCUGGUCCAGUCCUUUGCAGUCGUUCUGUUUGAAUGCUACCAGAUGGAUGAUUAUGUCCCUGCCAAGCAUUUAAUGACCAUGUGCUUUACGUACUACUACUUUGGGAAGCUACAUCUGUCACCCACAGAGCUCCUGGACAGGCCGAGUGCAGGCAUUGACUCGUACCUGCGCAGUGGAAAGGUCUGGCUCUCGGGCAAGAAGGACAUCGCUGAGAAGCUGCUAAAAAAUACAACGGCUAAGACUGACAUGAAGAGCUUUUUUGGGGGUCUAGAGAGCAAACUGAGAGGCCCCUCCACCCGCAAGAAUGAUGAGCCAGAGAGUCCAGCAGAAGGAAAAGCAAAAACACCAGCCUCUCCACCUGCAUCACCAGAGAAGAAAGAGGGAGAGAAGAUUUACUUGUAUACACACCUCAAGCAGCAGCCGAUCUGGCACACAUUGAGGUUUUGGAAUGCUGCGUUCUUCGAUGCUGUGCACUGCGAGAGGAACAAGAGAUCCCCAACCACCAGGCGGACGGCUGAGGAGGAGAAAGAUGAGAGGGAAAAGUGGUGUCACAUGACUCAGGAAGAGAAAGACGACAGCUCCAGAAUAGACGAAAACAUCACCUUCGGACAGCUGGGGACCUUUACUCAUAAUAUGCUGGCCUUUGGCUUGACUAAGAAGCUCUGCAACGACUUUCUCAAGAAGCAGGCCGUUAUUGGACACUUGAAUGAAGAGCAAUACAAAUUGCUGAGUGACCAUAUUGAACAGAUGGCCGUGGAGUGAGCAGCAGAUACAGAACACACCUGUUCUUCUAUACUUGCACAUUCAAUCCAGCCUCCCUCAUCAGUUCCUUAUAAACACUCCUGCUCAGCUUCAGCUGGCAACUCCGUACAAUAUCAUAUCAGAUCGUGCGACAACCGUCCUGCACACAGCUGAACAGCUGUAGGUGAUAAAAUAUUCAGAAGGUGGCAAUAACUUUUCAUCAUCAUGCAUCAUCUUACUUCAGUGACACUCCAGUGAGUUGCUGCAGCUCUGUCACAGCAAUUACGUGAAUUCAAAUAUAUCAGUAUCUGAUGGAUCAGCCAUAUUCCUGAUGGUUCUGUGUUGUGCAAUAUAUGUACAGUAUAUCAUAGAUCCAAUAACCUACGAAUUGCUGGUUUAGCUAAUAUACAGAAAGUGUCCUUUACCCCAGUGAAGUUAAGCUGAAAAAAUGACAAACCCUUUCAGAUAUGCUCUUCAGCCUCACUGUCCCUCUGGUUUCUCUCCAGAAGAUCUUAGUCAGGUGCAUGCAGUUCAGAAAGAGUUUUCCUCUUUAUUCCAUGUGUCCUAUUUAUUGCAUGUGUUCAGCACCUAUUUAUAGAGCUGAUCCUUUUAGUCCUUUUAAUAUUACACAAUAGUAGCUCUACUGGUACUGCAAAACAAUAGGCCUGUCACAAUAACUAUGUUGUUUGGACAGUAUAUUGCUCUGGAAAUUAUUGUAAUAAGUGAGAUUGUAAUUGUAAUUGUUUAGACCUUGAUUACUAAGAACAAUUUGACAUUGAUAUUAACAAAGCACUUAAAUGUUCCAAAUAUAUGUUCAUAUGUUAAUUUAUUAUAAUCUAUAGUGUAACUAUUGUGACAGGCCUACUAAUGCAACAUCAUAAAGAAUUCUACAGUAUUGUGACAGACUGACCAACCAGCCACAGCCCUGUUCUACAUUUCCAGGCUGUUUUUAGUCUUUUAGUCUCAAUGAGUUGAAAUGUGACCCUGUAUCAAUCAUGUGUGAAACAGUAUUAAUAUGAUUUGUUUAAUAUGUGUCUCCUACACGUGGUGUGCGAGCCUCCAAAGAGAACAUUGUAACUCCGGUCUGUUUAAAGUGCCUUUAAUGACUUACCCUUUCCUCGUACAGUGUUGCAGAUGUAAGCCUUUUCCGUCCACAUGAAACCCUCUCAGUAAAUGUAUGUAUGGAUCCUGUUUGCUGUAGUGGGGUGUAGUUAUCUUUGCAUUUGUGUGUAUUGUACAUGUUUGCUGUAUGUCUGUUCUGUGUGUGGUUGUCGAGUAUUUGUAAUAGACUAGGUCAGGACAGUCUGUAGUGGUUAUAGGAUCAGCAUGACCUUCUGGAGCUGCUGUUUGUGUUCCUCUCGGUGUGCAUGAUUGUAAAUGGUUUCCUGUCAGCAUGGUGAGUAGAACAUUGUGAGUUGUAGUGUAGUUCCAUUUGCAGCCAACUGAGGGUGAUCAUGUUGCUCCUCUUCCUUGGACUGCUGGGCUGUGGAGGAGAAGGUUAACUACAGAAGUGAGGUGUUUCUGGAAGGUUUUAUGAAUUUACUGAAGUCUCCUCCGUGUGAGGAUAAUGAAAAGUUAAUAUAUUCAGUUUGUAAAUACAGAGUUUUUAUCAGUGUGGUUUGUAUUGCAUAUGAUGCGUUUUUUGCAACACAGUUCAAGUGGCUGGUUCAAAAAAGGGAUCACUGGAUUGUUAACUGUUAACAGUUUAUACAGUGUUUACGUGUUGUGUCUCAUGUCUCAUGGUGUGCAUGGACAUAAUAGGAUGGGCUGCAACCAUUUUAAUAGUGAAACGUGCUUUUCAAAUCAUGGUGUAAUUUUUAAUGUUAUAUUAUGUAAUGUAAUUUAAUGUGAAUGGAUGUGAUUUAGUGUCUUAAAUACAUUUCCCCUUAAGUGCCCUCCAAUUCCCUACUGGAAUGUACCACUCAGAGCCUGUUAUCCCAUACCAUUAUGUGGAACAUAUGUUGUUAUUGUGUUUAUAAUAAAAUAUGCCUAAAAUCA